CUUUCUUUUCACAAUCAUCAGCAUCAAAAUGUAUUUGCCCUCCCUUCCAGACGUCGAACAACUUUCAAAGAGAGUUUACUACUACAACAACUACAACAACCGUAGUGGUUGGUACUCGUACAGAUGGCUUCUCAUCUUACUUUUAGUUAUUCCAUUCAUAUUGUUGAUUGCGAUUUUCAUUAGAAGACGCCGUGCAAACAACAGAACAGUUGUCUCCCCCAAUGCUGCCUACUACUCAGGACCACCACCACCAGUCCCUGACACCCAACAAACUGGGGGCUACUACAACGGCGGGGACCAGUACUACCAACAGCAACCACAACAACAACAAGGUACCGUGCCCCUGUACUACAAUGAAACCGGUAACACUGGCUAUCCGCAACAAGGAUACGGCAGAGAUGCCAUGAAUGGAACUGAAGAAUUCCAAAGACCUGAUGGCCCACCUCCAGCCCACUACAAGAACUAGUUUCUAAAGCAAUGCUACUAGGUUAACCGCGUAC